AUGGGUGACCGCGGGAGCGCUUCCCACAUGAGGAAGCUGGGCAUUACCCAGCGCGCGACGCCCCUUGCCGUGCCCUGGACAGGUGAUCUGCGCGUGCGAUUCACUGACUUUCUGGUCAACGAAAUCACAUUGGACGGCAAGGUCGCACAUCUGCGCACCAUUGGGCAAGGCGAAGAACUCGAGCAGGCACAAAAGGCAGAGACAGAGGCAACCCCUCCGCAACCUGUGAAGGAAGAACCUGCUGCAGAGCAACCACCACUCGAGAACCCAGAUAUUGCGCCAGAGGACUCGGCAAUACUCGCCGAACUUGGGGGUGAGCAGUUUGCAAAGGACAUUGUUCUCAUCUGGAAGAGUGCCCACGAGCCGGAUGCCGCCAGCAAGAAGGCCACCGCCGAAAGCACAGACGACCGCGAGAAGCGUGGGAAACUUCAUCAACAUGUGCGACGUAUCUUCAAGUCAACCAUUGACACCUCUACCGGACUUGACGGUGCCAUCGUGGCCUCAUUGGCAAGCAAGAAGGGAACCAAGCGCUCGAGGAAUGGCAGGAAGAAGGAGGACAGGCCCCCGAAGGAGUACCUCCACUUCAACCUCCACAAGGACAACAGAGAUACCAUGGACGCUAUCAACCAGCUCGGGAGGCUAUUAAACGUAAAGCCGCAGUUCAUUGGGUAUGCUGGCACCAAGGACCGGAGGGCGUCCACCGUACAGCGUUGCUCACUUCGUCACAUCCGGCCGAAAACAUUGAGCGCAGUCAACGGCAGACUCAGGGGUGUCGUGACAGGCGACUAUGAGUACAGGGAUGAGAGGAUUCACCUUGGUGGCCUCAUGGGCAACCAGUUCGUCAUCACAAUCAAAAACUGCCAAUUGCUGGGAGACGCCCAAUCGAAGCCUCUCGCCGAACGUCUGGAGGUCCUCAACGCAAACUGCCAGUCGGCCGUGCAGAACCUCUCCAAGCACGGGUGGAUCAACUACUUUGGCCACCAGCGAUUCGGCACCCACGCCAUUGGCACGCACGAGAUUGGCAAGUUCAUCCUGGGCGAGAAGUACGAGGAGGCCGUCAACAUGCUGCUCUCGUACAACGAGGAGAUUGCCAACAAGGCGGAGACUGGCGAUAUCCCCGAGGAAAACUCGUAUCGGGAGGAGUACCGGCGUCACCAGGCUUGCAUGCUCUUCUUGACAGGCAAGGAUCCCUCGCGCGCCGAGAAGACCAUGCCCCGGCGAUUCGGCGCCGAGUGCUCUCUUCUGCGUCACCUCAACCGUGCCGGCGACAAGUCGAGGCGAGACUUUGUGGGAGCUUUGAUCCACAUCACCCGAGGCUUGAGGACCAUGUAUCUGCAUGCGUACCAGUCCCACGUCUGGAACCAUGUUGCCAGCAAGCGAUGGGAACUGCAUGGCAACAAGGUCGUCGAAGGUGAUCUCAUCCUGGUCGAGACACCAGUGGCCACGGCCCCCGAGCAAGACCAGGACGGCGGGGACGUGGUCAAUCCAGUGGAGGAGGACUCGGAACCUCGUGUGCAUGCCCGCCCGUUGACCGCCGAGGAGGCGACAUCUGGUAACUACACCAUCCACGACGUGGUGCUCCCCUCGCCUGGAUACGACAUGAUCUACCCGAGCAACGCGAUCGGCGAAUACUACACCGAAUUCAUGAGCGCGCCGGAGAACGGGGCACUCGAUCCGCACAAGAUGAGACGCAUCCGCCGCGAGUUCAGUCUGCCCGGUCGGUACAGGAAGUUUAUGAACAAGUUCCUCAACGACACGGCGAGCGUGGAGAUUAAGACGUACACGGACGACACGGAGCAGAUGCAUCCCACGGAUCUGGACCUGCUCAAGGCCGCGAAAGACGAAGAUGGCGAGCCAGCCAGGAAAAAGGUCAAACAGAGCGAGGAUGGGGAUGCGGCAAAGCCUGAAGACCCUGCAAACGGGGAGGCCGAGACCGUCGGGAAGGCUGAUGAGGUAGAAAAGAAGAUUGCGGCCGUGGUCAAGUUCCAACUUGGCAGCAGCGCAUAUGCGACCGUCACGCUGAGGGAGCUCAUGGGCGAUCCGCCCGAGGUAACGGCAGAGGCCUAG